AUGACUGGUCGUACUGGCAACCCUUAUCUGGAUUUUAUGCUGCAGAACGCUGUCUUAUUUCCCUGGGGCAGUGACGACGAAGAGGAAGAGGAGGCAGCCUUUCAUCGCAGCCGAAGCCCACGCAAAGAGUUCAGUGGGUCAAGGGAUACACUAGUUCUGGAGGUGGACAAUGCUAGCCGUAUUAUCUGGAAAUUGCCAAAUCAUGUGGCGCUAGCUGGUCGAAUCCUUGAGCAUUGCCAAGCUGUGAUUCACCGAGUACGCCUAGAGACUGGAGGCCUUGAGCUGGCUAUCUACAAGAUUGGCAUCACGCAUGACUGUUGUGCACGCUUCGAAUUGUACAGAGCUAAAGGAUGGGACCAAAUGGUCGUCAUGCACGAAUGUCCUGAUUUGGGCUCCGUGGAGAUGCUGGAAGCUGCUCUUAUCUCCCACCACCGUGGCACAAAACAGUGCCGCAACAUAUCUAAGGGUGGGGAGGGCAUGAGAGAUAAACUGUAUAAACCGAAAUUCGAUCCCCCGUACUGUUGUUAUGUUGUUUCAGCUCGAGCCGAUCGUGCACGAUGGGCCACGGCCAAGCACGUCGUCAGCAUCGCGCAGACCUUCGCCGGAGACGACUCUUCAAAGGCUCUACAAACGAUGGCUCGCUGUUGCAAGAAUGAUGCUGAGAAGGCUCUUCAGAAGGUUUUGCGGGAGUUUGACUUGACAUUGGAUGUUCCGAUUACGCAGAUGGCUUGUGCUGCGGGAGUCAAUAUUCCGGUGCUGCUUCCACAA